GCAGGAAGUCUGAGAGGACUUGUCGGCGAAGCACACAAGGAUCAUUGUUGCUUUCUGCCAGGCACGGAGAUCUCAUUCCAAGGGGGUUUCUGCAUAUUUCUUCUUUUUCUGAAAUCCAAAACAUGAACUUCACUUCUGUAGGUGCACCUGCUACAAGAGCUAUAUCAACAUUUUUUCGCUAAUAUUUUCACUAUUUUGCAGCUAAAUAACCUGAACAUUAUGAGGUAUCAAUCAAAAGUGAUGCAGGUUUUGUUCUGGAUCUUCAAAAUGAAGGUAUUGGAGUUUUGUGCAGCGUUAAUGUCUUUUAGACUUUUAGGCGCAUGUUGGACUCUCCCCAAAGUUGAGAUGGAAUGAUAGUGUUUGGACGUGUCCUUCAACUAGAAAGAAGGCUGACUCCACCUUCGAGCCGUAUAAAGAAGAUAGAAGUAGUUUCUCCCUCAAGUCGGACUAAGGAUUUGGAGCCAAGGAGAUCCGGUAUCACCUUCACUUUACCGAAGGCAGCGCACACAGAAGGCCUUCUAUCCGCUCUCACUAUGGCCUCUUCCGGCUUGGAGCUCCUGGGAAUGACGCUGGCCGUGGCGGGCUGGCUGGGGGUGAUGGUGGCGUGCGGCCUGCCCAUGUGGCGCGUGGCCGCCUACGUGGGUCAGAACAUCGUGAUGUCGCAGGUGAUCUGGGAGGGUUUGUGGAUGAACUGCUCGGUGCAGAGCACGGGCCAGAUGCACUGCAAGGUGCACGACUCGAUGCUGGGGCUUCCUCCGGACCUGCAGGCGGCCCGCGCCCUGGUGGUGGUCUCCUUGACGUUGUGCGUGGUGGGGAUUGGCCUGUCCGUGGCGGGGGCGCAGUGCACCGACUGCAGCCGGGACGCCGGCGCUAAGUGGCGUCUCGUGGUGGCGGGGGGUCUGGCGUUGACGGCGGCGGGGCUGCUGCUGCUGGUGGCCGUGUCCUGGACGGCCCACGCCAUCGUGAUGGACUUCUACGACCCGCUGCUGGAGGAGACGGGCAAGCGGGACUUUGGCAACGCGCUCUACUUCGGGUGGGCCGCCUCCUGCCUGCUCAUCCUAGGGGGGGCGCUGCUGUGUUGCUCCUUCCAACCCAGAAAGGACACGGUGCGCUUGGUGCCCGCCCAGGUGGACUACACAGCCGUUAGGAGCGUGGCCACGCGUGCAUAUGACAGGCGGGACUACGUGUGAACCAGGAGGGGGCAGCAGUGAGCAGACAGUUAAACACAAUGGACACAAAUCUUUCUGUGGUGGUGGGUUUUAUGACUUUUUUUUCCAUUUUAUUCCAUCUCAUACCUAUUGGACUCCC